ACGGGUGAGUACAGCUACGAUUGGUGGGCUUGGCAUCACGUUGCCCUGGAUGCGCAUGUUCUCAUCUGCAUCAAAUGCGCCUGUAUUGCUGACCAUGGCUGUUGUUUGUGUCCCUCUAGCCACACGCCGCCUGUCUCAGAUUCUGCCAAGAACGCCGAGAACGAACCCGCUUCUGAAAACAAGACUUCGUCGGACAAGCCUGACGACGCGCUUAAGAAGGCUUCUGACGAGCCCAAGCCUUCCACCGCCAAUGACGUUGACGCCGAUGCCGAUGCCGAUGCCGAUGCUGACGCUGAGGCUGACACUGUCAUGACUGACGACAAGCCCGCUGUCAAGGCUGAGGAACCCGCGAAGCCCAAGGCUGAGGAGACAUCGGAGGUGCCGCCUGCAUCCGAGGUCGACCUUGGAUCCUCAAGCAUUUCCCAGCUGGCCAUCGAGUCCACCUCACCUGCCGACACCUCAAUCGAGGUGUCCAUGACUGAUGCACCCUCGACUGACGCACCCGCAAAGAAUGCUCGAGAACGAGAUGAGGAUAUGGACGAGGAGCCGGCUGCCAAGCGUGCUAAGACGGAGGCCACGGAAGAAGACGGCGCUGCGACUGCGACUCCUUCUGGCGAGAAUGCUGGUACUCCUGCACCUGCUAAUGAUGGUGGCAUGUCACGUCUUGCUUCUAUAUCAAAGUGGAAGGACACGGCGAUUCACGACAAGAAGAUUUCGCCUUUCCAGCGCCGCGAGAUUCGCAAGAUUAUCGGUAGGGUCAAGAAGACCAAGCAUGGUGGCCAUUUCCGAGACUCUGUUCCCAAGCUGUGGCCGGCACUAGCAGAAUCUUACUUGGCAAGGAUUGACAAGCCCAUGGAUCUGUCCGAGAUUGAUCGAGGCCUCCGCGACCCCAACACAGUCUACGUUACGUUUGGAGACAUGAAGAACGACCUGCGGCUCAUUCUUGAGAAUGCCCAUACCUUCAACGGCCCCCAGCAUGAAGUUACAGAUGCCGCAUUCUACGCAAUCCGAACUGUGUGGCAGGAAGCUGUUACUAUUCCCGAAGAGGAGCCUGCGCGACCCAAGUCUGUGGCCAAGCCAAAGCCCCCUCGUGAGCCUCGGGUCCUACCCGGCCCCGACAACGCUGUGCGGCGGCAAUCCUCAGGGCCAGCGUCCAGCCCGCCGCCCCCCGUACCCGAAUCGAAACCAAAGCCGCAGGCCGCAGAGCCUAGCGCUGAUCGUCGCGGCUCAACCGCCACAGACGGAGAUAGACCAAAACGGACGGUAAGGGCUCCGAAGCCCAAGGAUAUCGAUUAUACCACUAAGCCUUCUCGCAAGAAACUCAAGCCCGAAAUGCAAUUUUGCGACGAGGUCCUGGCGGAGCUCGUCCACCCCAAGAACUCGACGCUCAACAUGUGGUUCCUCGACGCCGUCGAUGCUGAAGGUCUGAACAUCCCCGACUACUACUCCAUCAUCAAGAAGCCUAUGGACCUGGGUAAGGUGUCGCGCAUGAUUAAUGCGGGCGACAUCACUAACGCAAAGGAAUUCGAUAAGAACGUGCGGCUCGUCUUCCAAAACUGCUACCAGUUCAACGGACCCCCUGACCAGGGAAACCCAGUCUCCAUGGUUGCCAAGCAGCUUGAGGACAUGUACCUCCAGCAGAUGAAGGGCAAGGAUGCCUGGCUGGCUAGAUACGCCAAGGCCAAUGCCCCUGCCGCUUCCGCAUCCAACGCCAGUGACGAAGAUGACGAGGACGACAGCGAAGAGGACGAGGCCGCGGCCCCCAGCGUAGACAACUCCAAGGAAAUCCAGGAGCUCAAGGCGAAACUGGAGGAGGAGAGCAGCAAGCUCAACCGCAUGUUUGCCUCGGGCACUCCCCAGGCGCUGAUUGACUGCCAAAAGGUCAUUGUCGACACUGUGCAGCAGGCCCUGUACAAGGUGGCGCAGAGCCAGAACGAUGUCAAGACCAAGCACCAGGACAAGUCGGCCAAGAAGGCCAGCAAGCCCAGCAAGAGCAAGGCGGCUGGCAGCGUUCCCCAGCGCAAGUCUUCCACCCACGCACCGCCUCCCAAGAAAUCGAGCAGUGCGAAGAAGCCGGCUCCCAAAAAGAGCCUGUCAGCGGCCGAUAAAGAUCAGAUUGCAAGCGCCAUUAACGAUCUUGAAUAUCCGCACCUUGAUCGCGCCAUUGACAUUAUCAAGCGUGACACUGGCCAGAAUGAAAACAACGAGGGUGAGCUUGAGCUGGAUAUUGACCAGCUCAGUAAUGAGGCUCUACUAAAGCUGUGGGAACUCUGCAAAAAGGUGCUCCCUGGAUUCGGUAAAGAUUCAACCGCCGCCGCCAAGUCGCCCGAAGUUAAUAGGGCGGUCCCCGCAAAGCAGACUCCUAAAUCGGCCUCGAAGCCCAAGAAGAAUAAACCAAUGAGCGCCCAAGAGCAAGAGGCUCGCAUCGCGCAGCUGACAGCCAUCCAGCAGCUGUACAAGCCUGGCCAAGAGCCUGCCGAUGAGGCGUCCCUUGCUGCCGCGCCGAAUCGCCAUGAUGAGUCUAGCGAUGACUCGGAUUCUGAGGAGGAGUAG